GCAGUUCUUCGCCUUCCUCCCAAACCCAGCUUGUUGGUCGAACUCGUUCUCAUCAAUCUCCAGCAGCCACAUUCCUCGUGAAUCUUUUGUUCCCAUCAAUCGCCAGAGCCCGACUUCGCUGCAACUUCUCCUCAAUGCCGUCCCAACUUCCCUCCUUAAUCCAAAACCCUGAUCAGUGUUUUGUUUCUCCCAGUCUGCCGCCAACAAAUCCUUCGUCGCCGCUCGACCCGUCCGCCGCCAAUGAUUCCUUUCUCCGCCGCUGAAUCCGUCUCUGCCAAAGAAUCCUGCUCCGGCAUCUUAGCUCUGAACCCUUUGGGCUCUUACGUCCAUGUUCACCUGGUUUAUCAUGAAUUGCAUGCCAAGCUCAUCACCACCACCUCCAUUUCCUCCUCUGCUCUCUUCAACUCCCUCCUGUGCUGCUACUCCGAUUGUGGCAGAAUCGACCGGACCCUUCUCUUGUUCUCUUCGAAUUCCGGUAGUGCGUCAAGGAAUGUGGUCUCCUGGACUUCAGUUAUCGCUCAGCUUUCUCGUUUGAAGAAGCCCUUGAUGACGUUGGAAGUCUUUAGUGAGAUGAGGAGGAAUGGCAUUUGGCCGAAUGAGUACACGGUCUCGGCUGUGCUGCCAGCUUGUGCAGAAAGCAAGGUUGUCCGACAUGGUGAGCAGGUGCAUUGCUUGGUUUGGAAAUGUGGGUUCGGGUCGGAUUUGUUUGUUGGAAGCGGGUUGGUUGAUGUGUAUGCCAAGUGUGGGGAGAUGGGUUCCGCGAACAAGGUGUUCGACGAAAUGUCGCACAAAAACCUGGUUACCUGGAACUCGAUGAUUGUUGGUUGUUUGAGGAAUAAAAGGUUCGAUUUUUGUAUUGUGUUGUUUAAGGAAGUCAUGAGGGAUGAGUCUAUGAGUCCUGAUCAAGUGACUGUUUCGAGCGUGUUGAGUGCUUGUGCUCAUGUAGGGUCUGCAGAAUUUGGAAGCCAUACUGGUCGAGUGGAAGAAGGAUACAAAUACUACAACUCAAUGAUACAUGAGCAUGGUUUGAGCCCUAGGCUUGAACACUAUGCUUCCAUGGUGGACUUGCUUGGGCGAGCAGGCCGACUCAAGGAAGCUCGAAAGUUCAUAUUGGAAAUGCCAAUCGAACCAGAUUCAGCAGUCUGGGGAGCAUUGCUAGGAGCGUGCUCGAAUCAUGGAAAUAUCGAAAUGGGUAAAGAAGCAGCAGCCAGGCUUUCGGAUAUGGAACCAAAUGACCCAGGAAACUAUGUCCUGCUUUCUAACAUGUAUGCUAGGAAUGGUAAGUUAAAGGAGGCAGAUCAAGUUAGAAGAUUGAUGGGUACCAAAGGGGUCAAAAAGGAUCCUGGGUGUAGUUGGGUCGAUGUUAGAAACUCAACCUACGUGUUUACAGCUCAUGAUAGGUCACAUCCUCGGACCGACGAAAUCUACGAGAUGUUGCAGAAAAUUGAGGAGUUGGUGAAGAAGAAAGGGUAUGUAGCUGAAACUCGACAUGCAAUGAAUGAUUCAGAUGCUUAUAAGGAGCAGAGCUUGUGGGUUCAUAGUGAGAGAUUAGCCCUUGCAUUCUCUCUUCUUGUUCUUCCUUGUGGUGCUCCGAUUCAGAUAAAGAAGAACCUGAGAACUUGUGGGGAUUGUCAUACGGUUAUGAAGCUCGCUUCCGAGAUAUUUGAUAGAGAGAUCAUUGUUAGGGAUGUGAACCGGUUUCACAAGUUUGCUAAUGGUUACUAUGGGGAGCUCUAUUGGCAAUCUGAGAAGCUGAAAAUCUAUAUUACUGGAGCUGGUGGUUUCAUUGCCUCUCACAUAGCGAGGAGUUUCAAGAGUGAAGGUCACUACAUUAUUGCCACCGACUGGAAGAAGAAUGAGCACAUGACAGAAGGCGUGUUCUGUCAUGAAUUCCAUCUUGUGGAUCUUAGGGUUAUGAAUAAUUGCUUGAAGAUUACCAGAGGUGUUGACCAUGUCUUCAACUUGGGUGCUGAUAUGGCGGGAUGGGAUUCAUCCAGUCCAACCAUUCUGUUAUCGUGUACAACAAUACCAUGAUCAGCUUCAACAUGCUUGAAGCCUCUAGGAUCAAUUGGUAUCAAAAGUUUGGUUACUUGUUCCCUUAGUUUCGUUUGUUCCCUUAUAAUAGGUUGGAAUUCCUUAGGUGGGGUUUUGAAUUCAUAAUUGAUUUUGGAUGAUGAUUUAGGUUUGUAUAGAAUCUUUUAUGCCUCUAGUGCAUUUAUUUAUCCCGAGUUUAAACAUCUGGAGGCAAAUGUGAGCUUGAAGGAAUCUGAUGCCUGGCCUGCAGAGGUUGGUUUACUUUUACACCAAGGACUUUGGCAUUGAAUGCUGUGUUGGAAGGUUUCACAAUAUUCAUGGUCCUUUUGCAACAGUGAAGGGAAAACGCACCAGCUGCCUGCUGCCGAAGGGCGCUUACGCUAGUGAUAAGUUCAAGAUGUGGGGAGAUGCACUCCAAACUCGAUCCUCACCUUCAUUGAUGAAUGUGUGGAAGGUGUGCUCAGGUAAAUACCUCAGAUCUCCUUUAAGGUUGUCAUAACUUUUUGGUGGGUGCAUUUGAAAAGGUGAAAUUUGCAACAACAUGCCAAUGAACAAAUGCCUGGUUUUCUUUUUGGUUGACGCUUUUGAAUACAAUUUGGAAUUGCACAUGCACAAAUGCAUCGGGAUGAUGCACUCUCAUAUACUUCGUGAUGGAUAAAAGCCACUGUGUUACCAAUCACCCAUAGCAAGGACUUGUGCUUCUCUUUGUACUUCUACAGGAAAUUAGAUUGAAAGACCUUACCACACUCAAUGCAAGAAAAUAGGGCUAACACACCUAUGCUUCGCGGAUGAUUUGAUGAUAUUCACCGAGGGUCUGCUCAUGCUUUGAGUUGUGUGAAGCAAAUACUACAUCAGUUCUCUGUCUUAUCUGGCUUGCAUUGUAAUCCAAACAAAUGUGAAGUAUUCUUUGGAGGUUCGUCAAUUGAUUUUAAGGAUAAUGUUGUCAGGGUAACUAGUUUCAAGGAGGGAAAACUCCCUGUUCAAUACUUGGGGCUUCCUUUGAUUUCAGGUAGAUUGUCAAGUAGGGAAUGUGACUGGUGGACAAAAUUACAGGUAAAAUUGAACGGCAAGCUAACAAACUAUCCUACGUUGGAAAACUGCAGCUUAUCUCAUCAGUGUUGCUGUCAGUGGUACAAUAUUGGAUGUCUAUCUUUGUAUUACCAAAAGAAGUUAUCACAAGAAUUGAGAAAGUGUGCUCGGAUUUCCUUGAUUUGGUGAUGGUUCUUGUAAGGCCAAAGUAGCAUGGGAGAUUGUGGCUACCCAAUAAAUUAGGGUGGUCUAAAUAUAAAAGACUAUACUUGGAACAUAGGUUUUGUAUCUAGACCUAUUUGGCUACUACUGAUAAGAAGUAAUAGUUUUUGGGUGGCCUGGAUCUAUCAAUAUAGGCUGAAGGGGAAGUCUAUUUGGCUGAUUAAGGAGACUGCAGCAGGAUCUUGGUUGUGGAUAAGAGUACUGAAAUUGAAAGUUGGUUUCUAUU